AUGGCCACCUUCCAAUCGGCUGACCCCGACUUGUCGCUGCCGCAUCCCGAAUACUUGCGCAUCCACGCGGCAUGCUGCAGAGUGGCGCAUCUUUCCGGGGCAUCUGGUCUCUUCCACGAGCUGGAGAGGGACAUGGAGUCCAACCCCGACCCCGCGGCGGAAGCGCCGCAGUUCGCCAAAACUUUGCACGCAAAGCUCGAGCAUCUUUGCUUUGGUCGAGGCCAGGUAGUACGGGUGCCGGCGCCAAACGUGCAGUUCGAGCGACGGGUGCUCUUGCUCGACGCAGUUUUCUCCCGUCCCACCGCUUCACGGCCGCCUCCUCUCGCUCGCUCGUCCUUUUGUGGCUUCUUCAUCCCGCCCGCCCGCCACCUGUUUUUUGGUACUUAG